AUGGAUUCAGUCAAUUUUUAUGACAUCAAAACUGAGAAGGCGAACGCAAUCUUGAAAUACCGCCAGCUUCGAAAACUUGCAAACUUGUUUCGGUUGAUUGAGGUGCUUGCUGUUCUGCUCCUGCUUUCCAGGUUUUCUGUCCAACUCCCUCAUGCUGUCAAGAACUCUGGCUCUUACUUCAAGGACAUAUCCGGCUUCAUGGUAAGUCCUCGCUUCGUGUUUGUCAUUGGAAAUGUAAUAGUUAUCGUUCUCUUCGCCAAGUCGGGCAGAUAUUCAGCUAAAGACUCGAGCACAGGCAGCUCGGGCGAUGAUCUUUAUGAAGAGUUUGUUCAGAACAGCGAAAAAAAUCAGAAACUUCGUGGCGAGGUGAUUGAGUACCAGGCCAUAAAAAACACACCUAAGGAUAGCAUACUUUCUGAGAAAGCUCCUCAAAAUUUGGAAGUCAAGAACUUCACAAGGAGUCAGUCAGAGAAUUUAGAACAUGAGAUUUGCAAGAGCUCGCGGCGCUUAUUGAAACGAUCAGAGACGGAGAAGUUCAAGAAAAACGUUCAGCCUGGUGGGAAGCCGGCAGGGAGCGUGUACCCUGAAGACGGCAUGAGUAACGAGGAGUUUCGGAGCAAGGUUGAGUCGUUCAUUGCAAGGCAGCAGAAGUUUCGACUGCAAGAAGAUUUCUCUGUAAACUAG